AUGUCUCUAGUGACUUGUGGCAGAUUUUUCCGGCCUUGCCUGAGUCGGGUUAGACCAGCAUUGAGUUCUCCAGGCCGGACUGGGUUUCGACUGUACAGUUCUUUCGAAAAAAGACCCAAUGUUGUAGUCAGUCGAGUGUUCACUCGGCCUGCAUCAGGCAGUAGUCAGAGCUCAGCCGGUGGAUUGAUGGGUGAUAAUAGCAUGUUGAUUGUUGGAAUCGGAUUGCUUGGAGGUUCUCUAUUAUACGUGAGUAUUUUUUUGGAGUUUCUAGACGGAGAUUCUAAAACGCGUAUUUGUCUGCAUAACUGCAGCUUCUUUCUGCUUUGAGGAUCACCUGCCUCUUACGCGAGAUUCGGCUACGAGCAUCCAUUUUGUGGGAGGGGAGGGUUAGGUUGUUUAUGUACCACUGUACAUGAUAUAGAGUUCAAAUUGAAACCAUGCACGCUUUCACUUUCAAAAGCUGUGUUUAUAUGAGAGUUUUGUAAUAGUGGUUGUGGCGUUUUUAUAUUUGCAUGAAUUUUUAAAAUUAUACUAUGAAAGUAAAAGAGGGCAUUUUCCAAAGUAACAUUGCAUCAUGUAACCACAAGGUGGCGGGUGGAGGGGGGUAGGGGCUUGGAGAAUGCUGGACAGUUGAUCAAAUGAGAGACACCUUGUCACUGGUAAAAAGUCUUCUUGCUUCAAUAUAACUUUCCAAUAUACCAUGAAGAAGAGUCCAGAUUCUUCACACCCUAGUAGUAAUGGCAGAAGAUAACAAUUUCAUGUGAAGUUAUAUCAAUCAACCAAUGCAUAUUUUGUCAUGUUGGUGAAGUAACUUGUCCUGAAGGGGAAGAUUUCUUUUCAAACCUUUCACAUGAUUAAUAUAUUGUUUCUCUUUACUACAUCGGUACAUGGAAAAACUUGAAUGGUCCUGAGACAAUGAGAAAUAUCAAGAUGAGGAUAUGGUUUUUUUAACACCAAAUUCUUGUAACUAGCAUUAUAAGAAAUGUACAUUUGGCAGGUAGUAAAGAGAAUUGACCCUUAGAUCAUUGGUGAUAUGAUCAAAACAAAUCCUUUCUUCCAAGUCAAGAAAAAUUUGGCUGCAAGUCAUAUGGGUAGAUACACUCUGUGUACUUGUGUGUAGUUAUUUCUUUGUGUUUUCGAGAAGGUAGUGAAAAUCUAAGUGUAAAGGACUUAACAAGCUAAUGUUUAUGAUUUUUCAGCCUUUUGUAGAUGACUGAGGACUAUUCAAUUUAAAGAAAAAAAAAGAUAUUUAAAACAAAUAACUGGGCUGUUAUUCCCAAAUUGCAAUUGAUUAUUUUUAUAUAAAACUCCAAAUAAACAGUUAUCUACCUUUGAACUUCAGAGUUAUUCAAAGAUGUUACUCUGUGAUUGCCUUUUAAAUUGGAAUAGUAAAUGCAUUUGAGAUGAGAAUGAAUUGUUGAUAUUGACUGACAGUAGCAGUAUAUUUAAUGGAAAUCAUCUAUUUUCUUGGGUUUUUUUUUUUAUUUCAAGCUUGUAUACAGUGGCAUGUUUAACCCUUAUGAAUCUCCCUCAUCAAAACCAGCAGUUUCUGAGGAUGCUGCAGUAGAGGUGAGUUACAAAAUCAAACAUAAAAAGAGAGAUGAUUAUCAUAUUGAUAAUGUAAUAUCUAGAUUGAGGUGAUAUUUGAUCAGUCAGAAAAGUUACCUUGAAACAAACAAUACCAAGGUCUUCAAAAUUGGCUUGAAUCUAUGAUCUUUGUGCUUAAAUGUGAUUGUUAUUUUCUUUCUAUGGAUAUUUCAGUAAUAUUUCCUACUUUAAACAGUACUUAAAGUUUGAGUGGUAAUUUUUAUCAAUUAAAUGGAACUGAAGAUAUAUACAACUGCAGCUAUUGUUCUACUUUGCAACUUUAAAAGACAAGUCAAAAAAGUUUCAAAUUUUCAAAAUUUAUGCGGAAAAUGUGUCAAUUGAUGAGCUAUUGAAGGAAUAAUGUCCAAAAUUUUUCUUAUCACAGCUGCCUGCUGAUGAGGCAAAGACUGCGACAGAAGUGGUAGUCGAGGAAACAGUUGUUCCAUCAGAAUCAACCAAAGAAGAGAGCCCAGCUGUCAAAGAACCAAAAGAAGAGGCAAGUCAGGAAAUUACCUCACAACAAGGUAUAGCGUUUUGUUCUAUGUAUGACUGUUGAUACCUUGCUGUCCCCUUCCCCUCCUAGAAGUAAAGAAGUAGCUAAUGAGAGGAGGGGGGGAAGCCUUGGGUGUGCAUGAAUCUCUCUUGCCUUGUAAGAUGCUCUACCCUCCCCUCUCCUCAAGACUGGAAUCUUCACUGUGGACCACUUGAAACCCCAGUACAUUUCAAGCAGUUUUUUCUCUUUUUUAGUUGAAUAUUAAUUUGUGUACCCUCUUGAACUGUCUUAUGCUUUGGGAAAUUCUCUAGGAAACUACUGCUUUUCAUAGGAUUGUGCUUAGCAGAAAAUUGAUUUCAAAAGCUUUAAAAGAAUUGGAAAUUACAAAAUCAAAUUACUUUGUCAAGCUAUUCCUAGAAGAUUCUUGAUCACAAGAAAAUAUGGUGAAUCACUGAAGUUUUUUGUUAAAGGGACUGCCUUGUUACUUAAUUUUUAUCUAUCAAACAUGAGCUAACAUGAACAUUCCCUUUCCAAACUCUGUACACUUUUUUUGUGUCCACCCAUUUUUGUAGAUGCACCACCCCCCUUGCCAGAAAUUCCAGAACAUGCAACAUAUAUCUUGGUGGGUGCUGGCACAGCUUCCUUUGCAGCCUACAGAGCCAUCAGGAAAGCUGACAAGUCUGCAAAGGUAUUUGACUUCUUGAAGUAUGUGAAGUAACAAUUUUAGAUCAUUAUGGGGAAUAAGUAGAGAGUUUUAAGAGUAUAUAUUCCAGAGAGCCUUGGUGUCUGUAGUUUUAUGCAACAUUGUAGUAUAUUUAAAUUAGCCACUGGGCUUUGGUUUCAUUUUUGCUAGUCAUACAUCACACAACUUUUGUUUGAGUGUUUUCAAGGUAAGUUAUGUUAACCUUUUAACUCCCAAGACAAUAUCAAGAGCACAAGUGAUGAGAGUAAAGAAAUGAUUAAUUCUGAGUUGAUCUAUUACCUAAUUGCACUAACAUCACAAGAAAUGUAUAACAGACAGCAAGGAGAAUUACUAUGAAGAUCUUGAGAGUGAAAGGGUUAAACCAUUGUUUGCCACCUCAGGUGCUGAUCAUAGGAGAUGAAGAGUAUCCGCCAUACAUGCGGCCUCCACUUUCUAAAGAGCUGUGGUACUGUGAUGAUGAAGAACUGGUGUCCGAUCUGAAGUUCAAACAGUGGAAUGGAAAGGAAAGGGGGUAAGAUUGUCCUUUAACUGACAGGAUAACUUCAUUAGCUUAUAUUAAAUUCUCAGUACUUAAGUCUAUUUAUUUGAUGCGUGUGAACUUUUAAAGCAGCUUAGAGCACAUGUAAUAGGUUGUAGUUUCUUAUUGGAAAUCCGAAUGUUGUUCUGUUUAUUUUGCACUGCAGAAUAUUUUUUGAACCAGAGAUAUUUUUCUGUAAACCUGGUGAAUUACCAAGUAAGGAGACGGGUGCAGUUGCUCUGCUCAAAGGGAAAAAGGUGAGGAUAAGUUGCAGAGUUCUGCUAUUUCAAAGCCCCCCAAUAAAUUGUAAAGUUCUUGUAAACAUCUUAUUAUUACAAACUUAAGGCUUCCCUUCUGCCAGUGAUGACCGCACACAUGCAUGUUUGUGGUCAUUGUCAGUGAGAAAUAUUAUUUAUAUCAUAAAUCAACUAAUUUGGCUUUGAUUGACAGUGCUUUUUGUUUUUUGUGCUGAGCAGGUUGUAGGAAUUAACAGUAGAGAACAAAAAGUCAAGUUAGAUGAUGGAGCAGAGAUUGGAUACGAUAAACUGCUUUUGGCCCCAGGUUGGUAUUUAGAUUUAUUAAUAGACUAAGUGUUGGUAUCCUCAGUAUUUUUGUCUAGCAUGGGCAUACCAUAAACAUCAUAUUAUUGUUUGCAAAAAAAUUAAUGUGUGAUAAAUGACUCAUCAGGGUAAAUAAAAUUUAAAUGUCAAAUUUGCUGAUGUGCAGGUGGUAUUCCAAAGAACCUGCCCAUUUUUAGAGAAAGCAGUGACGAAGUCAAGAAGAGAACAACACUAUUUAGAAAGGUGAGAUGAAUGAAAUUUAGCUCACAGAGGUUAAUAGCAUGGAACUUCUCCUAACAGUGUCAAUGAAUUACUAAGCAGGAAGGUGGUACGAAAUGGAAAAACCUAUCACUCAGGAAUAUUAUCUCGACAUAAUUGUAAAAUUCUCUCCACCAAAUUUAUGAAGAAAUGCUAAACAUCUAGAAGGGAGAAUUAUAUUGGGAUCAUCAGAUUUUGGGGGGAGGGGUGGGGGUUGAAAAUUUGAACACAUCACUUUACUAAAAUUGUUAAAGCCUAUGAAAACAGACAUUCAUGCACUUGAAAAAGUAUUUUAAUCAGCGAGUCCCUUAAUGCUACUAAUGUAAUUUUGGUAUUAUAUAUUUUCCAGGAUUUUCCCUCUUGAUCUGCAAAGAAUAUACAUUAAAAUUAACAUGAAAAACCAGUUUUAAGGACUUAAUGAAAUUGCUCAAACAUUAAGUGCCUUCCUGCAUUAUUUUUGCUUAAAAGUACUCUGAAAUUUCUUGAAGUAAUUACACUUUUUUAAUAUGUUCUGUUUGUUUGAAAAGCCUAAUUAUACUAGUCUUGUUAUUACUCAAUGGAAGACUAAAAUAUGAGGACUAAUCUUUGUCAUAUUUUCAGAUUAAAGAUUUCAAGGAGCUUGAUAAAGCUGUCAAAGAUGCCAAAUCUGUGGUUGUUGUUGGUGGAGGCUUUCUUGGAAGUGAACUGGCCUGUGCACUUGGCCACAGAGGUACCACACUGUUGUAGUAGCUAUAAAACAAAUCAAUUCCUUGUUGCUGUACAUGUAUUUCUGUUCAGUAAUAGGUCAAAUUUGGUCAGAACAAAAAUAUGACCCACAAGGUGCAGCUGAGGGUGUCAUUGAUGUUCUUUACACAUUUUAACAUCUCCUGUGAUCAGUUCCCUUACAGAUGCAUUGCAACAUGGAUUCUCAUUGUUUCAUAUGAUAAAAAAAGCAAAAUAUUGUUAAUGGUGUUGCCAUGUAUGCAUCUGCCCUCCAAUAGAUCAAAGGCAAGAACCAAUCAAAAAUAUAUAUUUUCACCUUUGCAACAUCAAUUGAUUUAAGUUUAAGUCUUAAAACCUUUAUGUUGCAAUUUGCCAAGGGAGACAUUUUCAAUUUUUUUUUUUUCAUCAGGAAAGAAAACUGGGAUGAAUGUGAUGCAAGUAUUUCCAGAGGAUGGUAACAUGGGAAAAGUGUUGCCAAAGUAUCUUACAGAAUGGACAACUAACAAAGUCAGGAAAGGUAGGAGAAACUUAGAUUUUUUUUUGUACCAUGAGUGAAUUGACAAAGGGAUGUUAAUGAAGCCAGAUGUGGACAAAAAGCAGAGGUAGCUGGGUAUCAAGUUUUAUUAUCAAUCUUCUCACAUUAUGCUAUGUUAACCUCAUCCAGCCAUGUCUACUAAGAUUUGACAAAAUAUUUAGGAAAAGUUUUGAAGUUGCAUAUGUAGCCCUUGCAUCAUCUAGGCUCACAUGGUGCAGAAGCCUUCCAGUCCAAAAAGACAACCUUUCAAUAGGCUAAUUAAAGAAAUUUUCUCGGCCACCUUUCCAGCUGAUGAUUCAAUGAGGUUUCCUGCACAUCAGUCUUAUAUACAACUCUGUUGCAAGUUUUUUAAGUCCAACACAUGUAAUGCUUUUCUCAUUGAUUCAUAUCAUCUAGAGGGUGUAGAUGUGAAACCAAAUUCCACAGUAGAACAUGUGUCAUUUAGUGAUGGCCAAAUAAAGCUGAGACUUAACUCUGGUGACGAGGUGAGUAACUAAAUGGUAUUGAUUCCUCUUGCCUAGUAACUCUUAUGUUUAAGGUUAGUUUUGAUAAUUUUGAGGUAGAGCAAUGUUUUAUACGCUAGUAUUUAACUUAAUCUUAGAUUCAUUUUUUCCUUCUUUUGCUAUAAAACCAUAGAUCAAAGCAGAUCAUAUAAUUGUAGCAGUAGGUCUGGAAGCUAAUGUAGAGCUUGCAAGUGCUGCUGGGCUUGAAGUGGACCCAAUCCUUGGUGGUUAUCACGUGAACUCAGAGCUGGAAGCAAAGUCUAAUAUUUGGGUGGUAAGCAACUCAAAUAUCUCCUUCUCUCCUAUUUCCUCAUUUCCUAGACAGGGCUGCAUAUGCAUCAGUUUUUAAAAUUUUUCCCCUAAAGUGCCAAUUAAAGGAAAUUUUUUUGGUCAGGCCGGUGAUGCUGCUUGCUUCUAUGAUCCGAACCUUGGCCGACGAAGAGUUGAACACCACGAUCACGCUGUGGUCAGCGGCCGACUGGCGGGAGAAAAUAUGACUGGCUCUAGGAACCCAUAUUGGCAUCAGUCCAUGUUUUGGUCAGUAGAAAUGGUAAUUUUGAUUUCAGAAUUAAAAGAACUUCGCUCUGUGAUUGUCCUCAACCAAACUCGUCUUGCACCACAAUCAAUCGGAACCCUUUCAAAAACCAGGCGCGACCUUAUCACUUGCGUUUUCCGACACCCCAUAGAGUUGCAAAUUCUUACUUUGAGUUCUGUUUGGCCUCUUGAGAUAUUUUCGUUGCUUUAAUUGGCCAUUCAUUAGGUUUUGGUUUUGCUGUUUCCAACUGAUUUUCUCUCUGUCAAAUGAAGAUUUUAAUCGAACUGAUUUUUUUUUUCAAAAUCCCUCUGCCAAAGAGAGUGUUGGGAAUUGCAUUAAAGCUUGGGGGGGAAACACAAUUUACUGACCGAUGAAUUUGCAGAUGAAUGCCAUGAUUUGGGAAUCAAAUGAAUGUGAUGGCUUCAAGAAGAACGCAUGCGGAACUUCGGUUGAAGUCAGCCAACUUAAAAUUCUCGUGGGAUGAGUAAAAUCAGUUUAUUUUGCAAAAGAAUUCGUGAAUGGCCGAUUGAGAUCGAACAGUAAAAUUCGCGAAAUUGGUAGGGCCAAUAUGAGGACUUCGCAAUGCCUCUCUGCUUCAAGGAGAAUAAAUAUAUCCUGACAAGAAAUAGGGUGCGGUUUGGAAAUUGUCCAUUGACCUGGAAUUGCAACAACUAUGCUUUGUAUUACUUGGUAGGAGUGACCUGGGUCCUGAUGUUGGAUACGAGGCUAUUGGUCUGGUAGAUUCCAUGCUCCCCACCGUGGGAGUCUGGGCCAAGGCGACGAAAGCUGACACUCCUAAAGCUGUAGUGGAGGCCACGGGAGAAAGUUUACGUUCAGAAACCGAAGGCGAGGUAUAAAACUUGACCGUGAUAAACUUUGAAAGAAAUUCUGAGACCACUCUAUUUUACGCUAUCUAAUUGUGCGUGCUUAACUAUUGUUUUUACCUUAGGGUGCUGCCUCUUCUCCAGUUUCCACUGAGCCACCCGCUCCAGUCUCCGCUGAAUCAUCGGAGGAGUUUGGCAAAGGUGUCGUGUUUUACGUGAAAGGAAAAAGAGUUGUGGGAGUCGUCCUGUGGAACAUCUUCAACAAAAUGCCGAUCGCUCGAAAGGUCAGAUUACUAUGAGAUCUCUUUCCCCCCCCCUCCCCCUGCCUAAAAGGAAAACUGCUACUAUGGAGUUGUGAUGUCUCGAAGUGCAACAGACUAGCGAAAAAAGUCCAGACUAACAUUACCUCAAAGAACAAUUUUCGAUGAAAAUAAUUAGGAACUGAAUUGGUUUUGCUCCACAUUAUAUUGGUCCAGAAAACUCGUACCAACGUUUUAACCAAUAAGAUUUAAACUAAAAUCCAUCAGGACUUGAUCAACCGCAAAUUUCCAUGAGUUUUAGCGGCUCCAAAUGAUAUUUAUCUCUGCUCUGAUUGGUUGUUGCGAUUACUUUGGGCGUGGUUGAACUGCAUUCAAUCGAAAAGCAAACUAGAGAAAAUGAUCAUUGGUACUUUAUUCAAUGAUUUUUCUACAUCAGCAUCGCUCUCAGCAUCUCUUUCCUUCGACCGCCUCUCCUCUCCUCUCCUCACCUCGCCUCCUCCCCCCCUCCCUCCCCUCCCCCCUUUCCCCGCCUAUGGCGGGCUGAAGGUAGUAGUUGGAUUUAAACCACCUACACUUUUUUGCGCUUUUUAUUUCAAACUCAUCCACUGGUUGCAUUUUCUGCAGAUUAUCAAGGAAGGCAAAGAUCAGGAUGAUCUCAAUGAACUCGCGAAGCUGUUUGAUAUCCACAAAGCGGGCUAAUUCAACGCGUUUUACCUGUUUUCACGGACGUUUUUUUGAAGAGUUGGACAAUGUUGACAAAUAGCCUUGGUAGAAACGCAGGCUCUUGUCAGCGGACGUAAAAAGGGUCGAAGUGGUAACGGGUGUACUAUCACCAUAAAGGUCCCAGAUGGUUGUAACGACCUUAUGUUGUGAUAGAAAGACUGGUGAAUUUUUACGUUUAGUCGAACAGUCUUAUUUGUUAUAAAAUGCGAAUUGCUCAGCGGCGAGGGAAAUGUAGAAUAAAUUCUGAUAAUAAAGAUCUAUAUUUUUACGUC